AUGUCUAGUAUACUAGUCGUUGGAGAAGAAGCAGUUUUCGAUGUUCCCUCAGAUUGCUAUGACGUCGUGCUGAGUUCUGAAGUUAACAGUGGGGUGUAUACCAUUAUACCACGUGACAGUGAUGCGCCUAUCAACGUCUCUUGUGAAAGUGCGUUCCAUGAUCAAGGCUGGUUGGUUAUUCAGCGACGGACGGACGGAUCUGAAAACUUCUACAGAACUUGGAAUGAAUACAGAGACGGAUUUGGAGACUUAAAUAAUGAGUUCUGGUUAGGCAAUACAAACAUUCAUCGUAUAACCAGCCAGGGUUACUACGACCUGAGAAUUGACCUGGAAGACUUUGAAGGAAACACCAGUUACGCGAUGUACACGAACUUCUCCCUGGCUUCAGAGCAAGAAUACUUCAGAUUGAGUCUGGGCGAGUACAGCGGUGACGCAGGAGAUGGCCUUGGUAAACACAAUGGACAGCGAUUCUCUGCAAAAGACAAGGAUUUGGAUGUUGAUCCGGGCAAAAGCUGUGCACAGAGGUACAAAGGAGGUUGGUGGUACAAAAGCUGUCAUUCGUCCAACCUGAACGGCCAGUACCUGAAUGGAACUCACUCUUCAUUCGCAAAUGGGGUGAACUGGAAAUAUUGGCUAGGAAACUAUUAUUCCUUAAAGAGAACAGUGAUGAAGAUCAGGCCAAUGAAAUUCUGAAACGAGACUCUUUUUUUUAAUUUACGCAUUCACCUUGUGUACAGGUUUAAAAAGAAAUCAGUAAUUAGUAAUACAAAUACAGCAAUAAAAGCACACAAGCCUGAAACAUGAUGAAGAUUAUGCAUGUUAGCUGUGAAAUGUGAAAAAAAAUCAGAGGGAAUCGUUAUGGCCACGAGACUACAGCUAGAUUUAUACACACACACCCCUCCCCCACAACCUACACUAUUCGUCACUAUAAAUAAGCCUAUAUCACAACCUACACUAAUCGUCACUAUAGACAGGCCUAUAUCACAGCCUAUACUAAUCGUCACUAUAGAUAGCCCUAUAUCACUGAACUGAACUGGACUUUAUUUACUCUCCGACCGUAUUCUACGGCAUAUGAGGUUAAUAUUACAAAAUAAUACAAACAUUAUAAUAUUGUGACAAGAUGAGGAAAGUAUACCCAAUUUUCAUUUUGUGUACACUAAUAUAUUUACAUGUAAACAUAUGAAGCAAUAUGAAUGGAUUUGAGCGUUACUUGACAAAAUUAAAUAAACAGUAGUAAUGAAAUAAAAACAACAAUCAGCUGUUUAAAAAAUAAACAAACCAAAAGAAACCAAACCAUUAAAACAACAAAAAACAACACUAUAAGAAGAUAUCAGCCAGAGGACUUAAAACACAUUCAUAAUUAGUUUGAGAAAAUAUUUAGUUUUCUGAGAACAUCGGCUUUCUUAGAAUUAAAUAAUUUAUGAAAUUUAUAUAUGCUAGCUUUUGAUCUACAGAAUGUAGGUAAAUAAUGGUGACUUUCAUUUUCAAAUAAUAUUCAGAAGAAUGUAUAGCGAAAGUCAUCGCCAACAUCAUUCUUACUACACAAUGUUCGAUCACAUAAUGGUAUGUUUCUCCAUCUGCCUGUUUCAAUAGGGAGAUUAUGGUUUGAAAGUCUAAACCGCAAAAGAGGGCACCAAUGCUUUCAUUCUAAUAAUGUUAAAUAUGUCUCAAAUUCAACAUUAUGUUUCAAUAGUUUAUAAUUUGAAGCCUUUUGAGGAGUUAUCAAUAUAAGUAUACAACGCUUGUAAAAAUUUUCCAAUACGUUUUCUGGAGAUAUAUGCCUUAAGCAAAGAAACACUUGUGAUACCACUACACUGGGUUAACCACAUAUAUGUAUAACCGAUAUCGUCUAGUAUUGAUUUUAUAAAAACAAUCCAUUUAUAAUUAUAAACAGCAUUGAUAAAAUCGCUCGAAAGUAAUUUGUAAAUUAAUAAUGGCAAUUUUGAUUGUUUCCCAGUAAUUAAUCGGUACCAAAACGUAAUCAUUCUUAUUUGCACAUUCAUAUGUACUGGAUAACGUCCAAGUUCUCCAAAUAACAUGUACAGUGGAGUAGAUUUUCUUACAGGUAAUAACAGUUUCAAAUAUUGGUUACGUAACUUUUCCAAAGAGGAUAAACUGACAAAACUCAUAUUUCACUUCCCUAUAGAAGAAUAGGUAGCACCAUACUGUCGAAUAGUUUGAGCUGGCAUUGUAUAGAAAUUGUUUGGUAUCUACCUUGUCUCAGAAUAAAAUACAUGACCUUCUUUGCUUGUUCAUAUUGCACAUUUCUUUCUUUAGUAAAUUUAUUUGAUUUGUGGAAUAUAACACCUAAAUAUUUAUAACUUUCUACGUUAUCAAGUAUGGAUUUCCCAAGAAAAAAUAACUUUAUAUAGUCUUUCUU